AUGCAAUGCAGUGUCUGAGCAAUUUGCUUCAAGCAUUAAUUUAUAGUAAAUUACUAAUUAAAACAAGGGUUUCAUUUAAGACUAACAGGUGUUCUGACGCGCGUCAUGCUGCGUGUGCCCGUGUGAAGCUGCGCUUUGGCCCCAGAGCUGCGCGGCUGUCGGCAGAUGGAGGACUGCAGCCUGGUUUCAUGCACAGAGGACAUUUCAUCGCUCCUGCCCGAAGGAACACUGAGUCCCAAGCACCAGGAUUUGGCCCGACAGUUUUCGGCAGUGAGGAAAGUCUACGGUGAUGGAAACUGCUUCUACAGAGCCGUCUUCUUCGCACACCUGGAGUUGAUUCUGCACAACCCCAGAGCCCUGCAGAGAUUUAAGGACCAGAUAAUACAAAGUGGGAAAGUUUUGAUUUCUGCAGGAUUUGAAGAGGCUUCAUUCGACCACCUACAGAACACAGUCCUACAAGUGGUGGAUCAGUGCGCUGCUGCAGACCAUGAAGAUGUUCUCCUCAGGCUCUUCAAUGAACAAAUCAUCUCAGACAGCGUUGUGCAGUUCCUCAGGUUGCUCACGUCUGCACACCUCCAAACCCAUGAAGACUUCUUCUGCAACUUCGUUGAGGCUCCAGAUUUGAAGGUGUAUUGUCGUCAGGAAGUGGAGGUAAUGGCCAUGGAGUGCGACCACGUCGACAUCCUGGCGCUGUCGCAGGCUCUGGACAUGGGAAUCCACAUCGUGUCCAUGGAGGGGAACGAGCAGCAGCUGGUGCACCACAUCAUUCCCGAGGGGGUGGAUCCAUCCCUGCAUCUCCUCUACCAGACGUCGCAUUACAACAUUCUCUAUCGACGGACUCGCCUGUGACCAGUUCAGGAAGCGGCCAAAUAACAUGGAUAAAAACACACGCAGGCUUUGAGAUCAUUAUGAAAACCGAACUUUAUAAAAUACAGCAGCCCAUCCACAAAGCUCCACAAAUAGUAAAAAUUAUUAAAGGUAGAAUUAAGCUCUC